AACCGGGGUCGGGGGCGUUGCGGCCGGAGCGGCGCGUCGGCGUCGGCCGGUGGGGAGGGCCGGGCGCACCGCUCCGCCAUGGCGUCCGAAGUGCGCGCGUCGCGCUGGUACUUCGGGGGUCUGGCCUCCUGCGGGGCGGCCUGCUGCACGCACCCGCUGGACCUGCUCAAGGUGCACCUUCAGACGCAGCAGGAGGUGAAGAUGCGCAUGACCGGCAUGGCCCUGCACGUGGUGCGCAGCGGGGGCUUCCUGGCCCUGUACAACGGCCUGAGCGCUUCACUGGCCAGACAGAUGACCUACUCCCUGACAAGGUUCGCCAUCUACGAGAGCCUGCGCGACUACCUGUCCCGGGACAGCAAGGGCCCCCUCCCCUUCUACAGCAAGGUGCUUCUGGGCGGGGCCAGCGGUCUCAUUGGAGGCUUUGUGGGGACUCCCGCGGACUUGGUCAAUGUCAGGAUGCAGAAUGACGUGAAGCUGCCCCUGGACCAGCGGCGCAAUUACGCGCAUGCCCUGGAUGGCCUGUUCCGCGUGGGCCGCGAAGAGGGUCUGAAGAGGCUGUUCUCGGGCGCCACCAUGGCUUCCAGCCGCGGGGCUCUGGUCACCGUGGGCCAGCUGUCCUGCUACGACCAGGCCAAGCAGCUGGUCCUCGCCACGGGGUACCUGCCCGACAACAUCAUCACCCACCUGGUGGCCAGCUUCAUCGCGGGCGGCUGCGCCACGUUCCUGUGCCAGCCCCUGGACGUGCUGAAGACGCGCCUGAUGAACUCGAGGGGCGAGUAUCAGGGCGUUUUCCACUGCUUCAUGGAGACCGCCAAGCUUGGACCCCUGGCCUUCUUCAAGGGCCUCUUUCCCGCCGGCAUCCGCCUCGUACCCCACACGGUGCUCACCUUCGUGUUUCUGGAACAACUCAGGAAACACUUUGGCGUCAAAGUGCCGACCUGACGCCGCCGGCUCCUGGGCCCCGACUCCUCAGCCCCAGGCUGGCUGGGCUCCCGCCGGCCCG